GAAUUAUUUUAUUAUUACUUUGGUUAGAAUAAGCAUUAUACACGAUAAAGAAUCAUUAAUAUAAGAAAAUAAAAGUACAUUUUUUAUCUAUGUUUUCUCCCUCAAAGCCGAUGCGACCUCCACGGCCGCGGCCGCAGGAUAACAAUAAUGGGAUUCAUUAUCUACAUUCUGAUAGACAUUUGUCUGGACACAAGGAUUCGGUUGAGUUUCGGCAUUGUAGUCCGCAUGAUUCUAAAUACACGAGCUACGUUUCACCACUUGGCGUCCAAUGUGAGAAAAAUGACCGAAUACCUGAUAACUUGAACCAUAAUCUUCACAUGAAUCAUCGUGUUCGCAAUUUAAAUUGUUCCAUACUUUCGAAUUCAGCGAUCACUAAUACUUCAAGAAAUUGCAUGUUGAAAGGACAUAUUUCUAAGGAUCAGAAUUUGUACCAACCGUCUGGAAAUGCUUGUCAACAUGCGAUGCAGGUAGGAAGCACAAAGCGUAGGUACAACAACAAUUCUAAGAGUAGGAAUGGAGAGACCAUGCCUAUCCGAGGCUUUACCCCCCAAUUUAAUCGUUAUCAUAGCUGCACCAAAAUCAUUUCACAACGAAAGCACUUAGAACCUCGAAGUUCUUUUCCUUUGAUAUUGUUCUCCGAUCAACCAGAAAGUCUAUGCCAAACCAAGGCAUUAUUGGAUCGGGAUAUAGAUCAUACUCAACAUAGUCAGCAACAGACUAUUUCAAUGCUUCCCGCAACUAAAGUAUCCAAUUUUAACAAUGCGUCUCAUGAAAAUGGUGACAAUUUUGAAUUUUCAACACCACAGACUUUGCUUCCACAAGUCCCUUCAUACCUUCGUUGUCAGACAGAACCAAUUAUUCCAAAUAAUCAGCAAAGAAAUGAUAAUGAGGGCAGACAAUGUGAUUCUCAUGAUGCUAACAUUUUGUGUCCUAAAAAGACUACAUUUAAAUUAUCGAAUGAAGAGGAAACAAAGGUCAGCCAUAAACAGUAUCAUCAUCACAGAAGACUUCCUUUUGCACUCAACCUAUGUGCCAUAAUUGAAGACAGAAAUGUCUUAAUGUCGGGUGAAGCUAUCGAUAUCAACGUAAAGGAGAAAAACAUUCAAAGUAAAAAGGUUCUUAAGCCUACCUUUGUUCCUUUGUAUCGAUGUCCAUCAGCUCCUGUCUUUCCCCCCAACACGUUCUCGCACAUGCAUUUCAAUCAUUUUUCCAUGCAGUCUUUACACCGUUCAUCAAUGCAGUUUGAUACGAAGCCUGUUUUGGUAUUGAAGACAGUAAGGAUCACCCCAUUGUCAUCAAGGGCUAGGCUGCCGAUGCGUUCGCUUCUUGCAAGCGUCAGUUGUAUGCAAAAUGAACCGCAAGAAUGUGAAGGUAUUUUUAAGGGGCUAGGUCGCACAUUAAACGAUGACUCCGGAGGAACCAAUAUUACUAAAAAUUUGCAUCAACUCGAUGUUAGCAGCGUGCACGACUCACCCCAACCGGAUGCUCUUCCAAUAUAUUCAGCAAAGGAAUGCACUGCAUUGCAGCACAUGUCAGUGGGCUUAGGUCGUAAUCCGUCAUCAAUGAUGCCGUCGCAACAUCCCAUCACGCACACUCCGAAUGAUACCCUUUGCAACCGGGCCAAGAACCCCCUUCGCACGGGUAGUCUUCCACAUCCUGUCACUAAGAGGAAAAAAAAAUCUACCCAUCACCAACACUCCUUGAGCCACAUUUCUAUCUUAGAAGUAACAGCACAAGUAGUAUUGGAGAUGAUUGGCAAACAACCCUGUUCUAACGCGCCUCUCGGUGAAUCCAUACCGAUAAAAAUAACCCCCAAAAUGACUAAGCCCGUAAUUGUUACAAAAGUCCCACCAUCACAAUUGUCGCCGCAGAUUCCAACUGGGAUCACCCAAAACGACAAGCACGCUUUGUCUUUUACGAUGAACAGUAAUGCAUAUUCGAGCAAAAAAUCUCUUGGCACAUUUGGUCUCACUAGGCUCACUGCCACAACACCAGAAGAGUCUACUGAAAUAGCACAAUAUGGAAGUGAAUGCGUUUAUGGUAUUGAAUUUUCUCGUUCUCCUAUUAAUAUCCAUGCAAAUCCAAGACACCUUUCGAAACCCUUCAACAACAGUGUUUUAUCGAUUCAAAAGGAAUGA